AUGCUACAGCUCGAGUCCUACUCCAUCCUACUGCUGCUGCUGCUACUGCUCAGAGACACUCUGGCCUUGCUGUCCCACUCCUGCAGCGGCCACAUGGACUUGUCUCAGAAGCCUGAGGGACAUGGUGGACAAGGCAGCAGGCUGGGGGCAGGUGACAUCACUUUGUUGUCAGGAUGUGACCCCAACACAGCACUGGUGACCUGGAUGGGGGCAAAGCGCUCCUCACAUGGUUUCCAGCUCUUCUAUCGUGUACAGGAGGAAAAAGGCCCCUCAAUAGAGAUUGACGCCAUCCCACACUCCCACCACAGCAUCGCCUCCUCAAACCCCGGCAAACUCCGGUCCGAGAGAGCAGCUAGUACCGAGACAUUUGACCUCAACACUGGCCUGUUCCAGAGAACCCCUCCCUCAGCUCCUACUGAGACGUUUGACCCCAACACUGCGCUUUUCCAGAGCACCCCUCCCUCAUCUCCUACUGAGACGUUUGACCCCAGCACUGGGCUGUUCCAGAGCACCCCUCCCUCAGCCCCUACUGAGACGUUUGACCCCAACACUGGGCUUUUCCAGAGCACCCCUCCCUCAGCCCCUACUGAGACGUUUGACCCCAACACUGGACUUUUCCAGAGCACCCCUCCCUCAGCUCUUACUGAGAGGUUUGACCUCAACACUGGGCUGUUCCAGAGCACCCCUCCCUCAGCUCCUACUGAGAGGUUUGACCUCAACACUGGGCUGUUCCAGAGCACCCCUCGCUCAGCACCUACUGAGACAUUUGUCCCCAGCACUGACAUUUUUCCGAGCACACCUCCUCCAGUGUCCGGGAUAGACCGCCUCACCACAUUCACGCAGUCUCUUUGGAGCUCGGCAACUGUGGUUGGCCCUGCGGUGAAGAGUGGCUCCACAUUCUACAUUUUACCGGACAAGCAAGUGAUCAUCAAAGAGGGUUCCUUCCAGGUGCUUCUCCAGAUCCUGCUGGACGGCUCCACACUGACUCCUGAAGGUUUGGAAGAGGACAGCGCCCUGUGGUUGGACCCGUAUCUUCGGCAAGCCCCAGGGUUCCAGAAGGUUCUGAGAGUGUGGAGCAGCGGUCAGAUGGUGCAGUGUCUCCUGACCUUUGACACUAGGGCCUCUCUGCUGUGGCUCUCUCACUCUGGAGCCUCUCUGAUGGACAGGACUGGACUGACAAGAGCUGUGAGGGAGAAAUACAACUUCAGAUCUCAGCCAAUCAUCAACGUCACACUGGCAGGACUGCAGGAUGCCUGUGGCUGGCUGCUCUCGUGUCCUUCUGGGUUCACAUGUUCGUUAAAUUCUCAAAAAUCCAACUUCAGCUGUUCGUCUGUGUGUCACUCCAACCACUGCCUCCACCACGGACUCUGCACCCAUGCCCCGGGAGAGCCACCCCUGUGCCGGUGCGUUGCGGGACAGGACUUCUGGUUCAUGGGGUCACGAUGUGAGGCGCGGAUGACCCGAACCCGGCUGGUCCUGCUGUGCCUGUCAGUGAUGCUGCUGCUGCUGCUGAUGAUGAUGAUGAUGACCUGUGUGGUGGUCAGGAGGUACAAGGCUCUCCUGCAGCAGGCCAAACAGGACCAGACGAGGAGCAGUCAGAGCGCACCUGAACGCCUCGCAGAAGACGCCCCACAGCAGUGCUGGUGCGUGGGCGAAUCAGAGUGCGCCUUUCACGGCACCGUGAGGACAGUGCACAGUGGAGGCAGCCGGUCACCAAACGCCGUGACCACCGCACCCAAACAAAGACGUAUGCGUGCGUGCUGCGCGUUCCUGUGUCUUUAUGGGCACUGCUCGGUGACGCCCACCAAUCAGCUCAGGUGCUGGGUUCGGGCACUGCAGCAGCUGGGUCUCCAUGAGCCUCCACUGCUACAUCCCCUACUGAAACAGGCGCGGGUCCGCUGGAAGGACCAUCACGGGGAGGCAAGUUGGAUGUUUGAGGAACCAAAUCUUCGCGUCUGGUGCACAGACGCCAAGAACCACUAG